AUGAGUAGCAAUAGUAAUAAUAAUGUGCCUGCUUGGGAUACAGAUUUCAUUACAACUUCGACCUCUUCUCUCACCAGCUCCGACACACUUUUGAAGAGCAGUAGUAGCAGUGGUGAUCCAUCUGUUGCAAGUGGAUCAAGUAACAAUCAAUAUAAUGUCAAUGCUGCUGCUGCUGCUUCAGGCUCAGGAGCAUAUCAAUAUGUGAAGCCUUCCAUCAAAUUGGAAACUUACACACAAACGGGCAUGGUAUCAGCACAUCCCAUUUCGAAAUCGAAAAAGAUUGUACUGAUGCUCAUUGCUCUAGGAUUGCCUAUCAUUAUAUAUGUGGUUGCCAUCAAAUCGUUUGGCGAUGCUCUCACCUUCCCUUUCUUCCUUGUGGUGUUCCCAACGUUGAUCGUAUUCGUUCCAUUCCUUUACUAUACAUAUCGUAAGCGUGGACAGCGUCAUCACGUAACUCGUCAUCCUGUUCUCACCAUGAUGACUGUAUUCUCGAUUGUCUACACAUUCUUUGUGCCCGUUUACCUGGCAUCCCUGCUAAGUCCACUCUACAAUCGUAAGACAGUGGAUGACAUCAAGACAGAGUACUAUCACUCUGCAAGCUGGUUGAUCGCUCUCCCGAUUGCCUAUCUUCACGCGUGUGUAUUCGUGCAGCUAACGCUACUAUCGCAGUGUACUCUCCGUUCGUUGAGGUAUCGUAUUUUCGUUGGGUGGCCAGCAUCUGUAUUCUUCACUACGAUCAUACUCUCGCUUCCUUUGAUGACAUUCGCACCACUCUUACCGGCUGCUGGCACACUGAUAGUGGUGUUGAUUCCAUUCGUACUCUCAUUGAUUGGAUUGCGUCAAACACUGAUCACACGUCCACCCAACAAGUGGGAAGUAAAGAAUAUCUUGAUUCGCAAGUCAUUCGAAGAUGAAGACGACCAACUCUUGAACCGUCGUAAAGUACAAAGAGUUCGUCACACAUCGCCAGAUUCCUAUGAGGUCGUAGAUUUCAAACAGCCACUCACAAUUAUCCAGAUUGCAGAUCCACAUAUCGGUCCAAUCAUGUCGGCAGAGAGAUUAGAGGAGAUCUGCGAAAGUGCUGUUAAAUUGAAUCCAGAUUUAGUUUUCUUGACAGGUGACUUCUUUACACUCGAAAGUUUCAACCCACCUGGUGCAGUAGAGAAAGCUUUGGCACCACUAAAGAAGUUAAAGGGUAAAACAUUUGCAUGUGUUGGUAACCAUGAUUUAGAAGAAGGAUGUAUGGAUUUAUUAAGAAAUGCACUAAACACAAUAGAUUGUUGUUUACUUAUUGAUAAUUGUGUUGUUACUGAUACUAGAAUUGGAAAGGUACAAAUCGUUGGAUUUGAUUAUAGAUCACAGGCAAGACAGGAACAUGUUCAAACUAUUUGUGAUGCAUACCCACCCAUCCCCAACAUACCUAGAAUUGGAUUGCUACAUGAUCCAGGUGCAUUUAAAUUUAUACCAGCCGACUAUGGUAUGCUUGUUUUCAGUGGUCACACUCAUGGUGGUCAGAUUGAUUAG